AAAAGUGAAGUCCUGCAUACUCGCCUUUUGUGUCUCUCGUGCUCCACUGUGCACUGCAGCUGAUGCAGCUCCGUCAGGCAGAUGUCAGCGGUGCCAUUUGCUGUUACAGCAGCACAUCAGGAAUCUUCCACACCUGGAAUUUAUGAUUUUUCUUUUAUUUCCCUCGACAGCAAUUAACAAUUUUGACUCUUAAAUCUCACCUUGGAAUAUCGACCAAGUAUGAACGCCCGUUAACACGGCUUAACAGAUGACCUUCUCUUUUUUUAUAACAAGAAUUUUUAAACUUUAAACCGAUAAAAGAUGAGACUGAGACCGAGUCAGUUUGUUCAAGACAAAAGUAAACCUGUGACGAGGGACAAUGUGCCAGGUAAAAGAGAGUCAGCAGGUGAAACUCGUUUUCUCAGAUCAGCUCAGCAAACUGCAGACCAAGCAGCAUCAGGAAACUGACCUGCUGGAGGAGAUCAGGUCCUUCAGCAAGCAGCGAGCAGCUAUAGAGAAAGAGUAUGGCCAGGCUCUGCAGAGGUUAGCUGUCCAGUACCAGAAGAGAGAAUGGCAAAGAGGAAAUACAGAUGCAGUUGGUUCUGGAAGUGUGUUUGUUGUGUGGCGGUCACUGGUAGACACUACAGCUCAGUCUGCAGCUUCACGACUUGCUGCUGCAGAAGAAUACCGCCGACUGACUGGACAAGCCUCCAGAAGUAUUCGCAAUGCAAAGGACAUCCGAACAAAGAAGGGACUAGAGAGGCUCCAGAGGGUCCAGGGGGAAGUGGUGGACACUCUACGGGAGCUUCAUAAGAUCAAGAAGAGCUACCAUCAACUCAGCCACAUCGCCAGUGUUGCCAGAGAGAAAGCUACCGAUGCACAGACCAAAGCCAGAAAGAGUGAACAUGGUAUUUUCCACUUCAAAGCAGGACUACAUAAGGUGGCUGCUAAGCUGAGUGCGAGGUUGAGAGAGUGUGACGACCGUUUGACUGAAGUUCGCAAUGAGUAUCUGCUGACGCUAGCAGCAGUCAAUGCCCACCACCAACAUUACUAUGCCAAUGACUUACCACGUAUUAUGGAGCAAAUGGAUGGUGAUGUUUACAGGGAUUUGAGAAGCCAUUUUACUCUACUGUGUGGGACAGAGAUGGAUACCUGCAUGGCCAUAUGCAAACAGUACAGCAGGAUAUGGGAGAGUGUUGCUAAGGUAACCAGAGAGAGAAAUGUCCUGCAAUUUCUUCAGGAAUCUGUCUCCUUCAGCAAAGUACCCGAGUUCACCUUUCAGCCCGCUCCGCAUGACAAGGUGUCUGCUCUACAGGAGGUUUGUGCCUCAGAAGCAGAAGGAUGGCUGGUUAAGGAGGCCAAGAAAUGGGCUACAAAAGCUGCUAAAGACUACAAAAUAGUCACCCAUGGCCAGAGGGCCCUCCAGACGCUAGAGAGUCGGCUGAAGCUCUUGUCAGGAGAGACGGGACUCGGUGUGGAGCAGAAGAUAACAGAAGUGCAGGACAGCAUCAGGAAAGCCAAGCUCAGCAGGCUGAAGGCUGAGGCCCGUCUGGCUCUGUUAUCGCAAAGUGUCAAAGGAGCUGAUCUGUGGCUUCAUAGUGCCAUGAACCAGGCAGAGGAGGAGCUGGAGAGAGAGAGACACCUCAGUGAACAGAGGAAGUCCACUGAGGACUUCUCGGAGGAUGAGUUUGACCUGACUGACUUCGAGGACUAUGAUGAUGACAAUGAAGAGACCUUUUCAGAUCCAGUGCCGUCGUCUGGAGUGUGUGUUUACCCUGCAGCCUGCAGAGUUAUCUACAGCUAUCAGGCUAGCCAUUCAGAUGAGCUGUCAAUCAUGGAAGGGGAGGAGCUUCAAGUGAUUGAGGAUGGAGACAUGGAGGACUGGCUGAAGGUGUGUAACUCAUGUGGUCAGGUGGGCUAUGUACCUGAGUGUUAUGUGCAGUUUCUGUGUCUACCGGCAGAGGACACCACUCAGCUGGACAGUUCUUUUAGCUCCACCUUGUCCCUCAGGAAUACAGAGGGAGCAGCAAGCAGAGGUGUGGCCAGAGCUUUGUACUCCUACCAAGCCCAGAGUGCAGAGGAGCUUUCCUUCCAGGAGGGGGCACUAAUCCACCUGAUACGGUGUCGACACGGGGAGGUGGAUGAUGGCUUUUGGGAGGGAGAACUUAAUGGACGGAUCGGUCUCUUCCCAUCAUUGGUGGUAGAGCUUGUCUAUGAACGGGAGGAGAAAGAAGAAGAGGAGGAGGAGGAGGAGGAGCUCCUACCCAAUCAAACCACGGCUGCCUUUGAGGUCCCAGUCCCAUCAAACCCUGGCUGUUGUUCAGCUCUUAGUGCUACUCCCCCUAGCUGUGUGGAGGACAAACAGCAGGUCUUUCCUCCAAGGCUUGAGGAUGACACUCUUGUUGAGGUGAUUAUGGCUUCCUAUGUGUCUGUUGACCCAUCAGAGACUACAGGAAGCACCCACAAUUCUCCAGAUCUCUUCUGCAGUCAGCUAAGACCAUGUCGGCCUCCUCCUCCUCCUCCAACACAGAAACCUUCACCUCAGCCUUGAGACAGACUGGAGUCACUGUCAGCAUUCACAAGAAUAUAUGACUGGUUAGGAUCACUGCUUUUCCUUUUAUUGUAGCAUGAAACAAAUAACUUGUAUUUGUUUGUUUGUAUUUGUUCGAGUUACCCACUGCUCAGCAUGGGUCACUUGAUGGGAACUCAGAGCAAAUAGCAAAGUCAUACAUUAGUACCUUGUGGGGCUCUUCAGAACAUUGGAAUUAACUCUGUGAGGAGAAACAAACUGGGUCCUCAUACAGAUAAGUGCACCAGCCCCCAAGGAAGCAGUGAUAUAUCAUUAACAUGUAAAUAUUCUAAUUGUAAUUGUAAUGUAUUGCUAAGAAGUCAUGAAUAUUUAGAAUUAUGGGUCGUAAGAAAAGAAACUUAAGCUUCACUAACAACUAACUAUAAUUGCAUUUUGCAUUUUAGUCAAAUUGACUAUUUAAUUAAGAAUUACACAGUCUGUCUCUACUGUACUUGUCAUUAGGUCGUAAUUAAAGUAAUCUCAUUGUGCAUUAUACCAACA